UUUAGUUCCAAAACGUAAUACAGUACAUAUGACUUAUUACGGUCUUUUUAAAGCCAUAAGUCAUAUUAUGCAUCAAUAAAUAUAACUUUUAGAUAAUUAUAUUUAUUGAUGCAUUUAUUGCAGCUCAUUAAUUAAAGCUAUCUGUCUGGCAGUACAUGCUGAACAUUAGGAAAACAGCUAGAGAUUAAACUCAUUUUCUCAUUUUCAUAUAUAUAUAUAUUUAGGGGGUCUUCAGCCCUAAAUAAUUUUAUGUUCAUUUAUUAAUUUAUUUGUUAUUUUUUUAAUGCCGACAAAUUCAAUAUAAUGUGGCCAGAAUAUGAGUUCACAUAAAUAAUCAUACAACCAGUCAUUAUUCACUUAAAUAUGGUCAUAAAUCUUAGUUUCCCUGUAGUGAAAGGUAGAGUCUGGGUCAGUGCGUCGUUAUCCAAUCCAUUCCACCUGUUCAUAGAGCACGCCCACAUCACUGAAAUCCAGUCCACGUUUUCACAAACUCUGCAUCCGGGUACCCGCAGCAUGUACCGGGAGCAGAGCACACAGAGCCGACUAGAGCAGCAUAAGGAGAAGAACGUGAACAAGAAUGGAUGUACGACAAUUUUUCAAGAGAGAGUCAGGGCAGAGGAGCAAAGAGAGUGAGAGGGGAGAAUCCUCUACUGGGAAGUGUGAGUCCGGAGGGAUACAGCAGUGGCAGCAUGACAUCAUGGAGACCCGUGCCCCCCCUGCUUCUCUUCGUGUUCCUGAGCACGAUUCACCAAUCAGAGGCAGGUUGUGAUUUAUUUGUGCCAGAAAAAUGGAACGACAAGCUAAACCAGAGGUUAGGCAUCGUAGACACGGAGCAUCCCAAGGACAUGAUGAAUUGCUCUGCAGAGCGAUUAUGCAACAUUGGAAACACGUUUGGGUGUAACCUGCUGAUGGACUGCGGCAACAAAGAUGAUGGAAAUGGGACGAGUCCCGAGUGUAAUGGGACCAUCACUCACUAUGUUUCCUACUAUGACUUCAUCUGCCUCUAUGCCAUACAGCAGAAUCUGAUUGAGGGUCUACACACAGAUACUCGGAACUAUUCAGUCUGCAAAUAUGCCACGGUAUUCAUGCUGUAUCAACGAAUAGUUGCCGAUUCAACACCAACAACAACAACCUCACAAGCCAAAGUAUUGACACAUCCAACAUUAAAAACAACAUCAUCAUCAUCAUCAUCAUCAUCACCAUCAUCAACAACAACAACAAGAACAAGAACAACAACAACAGCAACAACACUGGCACCAAAUUCCAGAACAAGCCCAAUUAAAGGAACCAAUGACCAACAUUCAGACAACAUCGUUGGAGAUGAGAACUUCACGCUGAAGAACAUCUUGAUAGUCUCCGUGGUUUUGAAUCUGCUCCUGCUGGUCUACCUGUUCGUGCAACAGAGGUGGAACCGGGAGCGCAGACAGUCGAAUCUAUUCCAUGGGAACUCUGAGGGGAGCCCAGUGGGAGCUACAAUAGAUAAUACGGGUUCAGAGUUGGAAUCCAGCUUCACACUGUUGCAGAUUAUGAACAGGGAUAAUGUUGCUGGUGAAGAGGAACCCAGGCUGGGCGUCUGAAUGUUCCCGAAGCAUCGCAGCUGAAUGUUCCCGAAGCAUCGCAGCUGAAUGUUCUCGAAGCAUCGCAGCUGAAUGUUCCCGAAGCAUCGCAGCUGAAUGUUCCCGAAGCAUCGCAGCUGAAUGUUCCCGAAGCAUCGCAGCUGAAUGUUCCCGAAGCAUCGCAGCUGAAUGUUCCCGAAGCAUCGCAGCUGUCAGAAUCAACCCUGUAUCUGGAAGCCAGCAGAAUGACCCUUGACGGAUGGGAGGUUUUGUAAAUGCCUGUAUCCCAGAGGGGGAAUCAACCAGUUGCAACACAAUCGUUCCACGGCCGUCUCUGAGCUACACGGGCUGUUGCCCUGACAUCAAAGGGAAAUGAAGAGCUAAAGGACUGCAGGGAGUCAAGUUGGCUGGACCAGACUUUUAAACAGAGACAAGUGUUGUUGUUUUUUCCACUGCCCACACACAAACACACUGUGAAAGUUUCAAAAGAGUGUAGAUCAAGUCCCAAACUGUGUAGAGCAGUGUAUGGAUGACAUCAUUUUCUAGUCGAGCCCGGAACUUAGCAUAGCAAGGGAUCCCUUAAACAAAUUCAAAUGGGAUUUAGCUAUUCGAUUCUGGAAAUCACAAACAAGUAAGAUCUAAAGUAUAAAGCUAAGCUAUUAGCAUCAUGUAGUUCCAACUCUUUCCCCACUUCCGCUCGAGAGGGUCAGCAGCUCCUCUGAGGGGAUGGUUUCACAGUAUCCUCUGUUAGUGACUGCAGGCUUAGUGAAGCUACCCAUCUAUAAAGCUAGCUAGGGAAUGUUAGCUACCCUGCUAGCUAAGUGACUUCUUCUUCAGCAGCUCCUACCGGCUCCGGACGUCGCUGUAAAUUCUCAAAUAUAUGUUUUUUUGGAUGGAUUAAUCACAUAUUGUUGUUCCACACAGUGUGUUUCUCUUAAUAACAGUUCAUUUCAAAGCUUAACAGAUUAUCUGCCAAGUACAGGAUGAUAAAGCUACCAAUGUUAUGCAAAAGCACUGACACAUUUCUGGGAUUUUGACACAGGCUUUAUGUCAGAUAGACAGGUUGUGAGAAGUUAACUGUUAGCCUGCAGCUAAUAAGCCUUUUGCUACCUGAGUUAAUAUAUAGUUGUGUUUGAAGCAUGAAGGACCCUGCAGGACAGGUGAUGACUGAGAGAGUCUCUAAAAUAUAAAUGCAUGCAGCUUUCGGGUAGCAUUGCUUCGCUGUACAGUUUGUUGUAUCAGUAAAUCUAAAAAGUCUAAAGACUCACUAGCUUCUCCCUCAAUCCGUCCAUAAUGAAAGCAGACUGAGGAGGAAAAUGCUCAAGCAUAGCGUCGUCACACGCUCAGUGAGCCCUUUGCAGCGGGCCGAGCAGCAGAUUUUGAAUUAUCAGUCAAGUUUUAUUUUUAUAUGUUAAUAUCAUGCGUUUGAUUGUGAUGAAGAUGCAGCUAUAAAUACAAGUCAUGUGCAUAUGAUUUGAAACGCAGCUCUGUUUGCUAUUUCAAUUUUUACUGUAUUAGGAAACACAAGAGCCUAAAGGACAAAUAACAGCUGUGAACAAAAAUACUGGUCUUCUAAAGCUUCAGAAGUACAUGCUUUUUCUAGUGGUAAACCUCUAAAACAUGCAUAUCUAAUAAAAAUGGUUUAUACUUUU